AUGGAAUGCAUCCACUACCUCGAGUGCAGAAUCCACGACGAGGUCGAGAUCAUGCAUGCCACGACGUCUGCCAAGACGCAAAAGGAAUACAUCGAUAAACUUCAGGCAGAAAUUGAUGUCCUACAGAAGAGGAUAGGUGAGGACGAGAGCGCCGAGACUGUCGUAUCAAGACACAUAAACCUAUUGCACCAUUAUAAUGAAGCCAAGGAUGCCACUCAGCUCGCCGCUUUGAAGGAAACCACCGUCCGGCAAAUUCAUAACGACAUGGACCUCUUGGAUGAUUAA